CUGGGUUCCUUAGACCUUCUCAGAUUCCAAUAUCUGUAUCUGUGAUUACUUUGUCAUUUUUAUGGAGCUGGACCAAUUUAUGAAAUCUACCACAAAAGGAAAGGUUGAUCUUGUAGAUUUUUCUCAUUUUUCUAAUACUGGAAGAAAAUGGUUAUGGUGCAAGUCAUCACUUUGUUUUUGAAGAUGUGUAAUAUUUUAAUUCAAGGCUGAUUGCAGCAGAUUUGACAUUCCAUGCUAAAUUAUUGAUGAACCAUCUGGUCAAGUUUCAAUUCGUGGAAUGGCUAUUACAUGGUUAUUACUCCUACAUGAAAAUGAAGAGAAAUUUGGUGAUGAUAGAAUCAAUUGGCAAACACUGUUAUCUAGUUUUCAGCUAACAUGACACAUUCCAUGCCGGAGAUAUCCAAAAAUGUUGUACCGGGAGCCAAAGGAGUCUCACCCUUCCAUCCCUCACAAGCUCCACGCAGAGUGCAGUCUGCUAAAAGGUGUUGAGCUUGAUUCUUUGAACACAGAAGUUCCAAGUGUUCAUAUGACUGGAAGAGAGUUUAUUUGAUUCUUUCUUCUGGAAAUGAUAAUUGAAACACUGAUUGUCUUUGGAUUUGGGUUUGGGAUUGUUUUUGGUGGCAUCAAAUGUGCAUUGUAGUUUCUGGGGCGUCUUAUUGUGGUAUUAGGCUUUUUGUUCUUGUGAAAAAUGGAAACUUUGAGGCAAGAGUUCUUAUAUUGGCUUGAAUUUAUCAGAAUUUAGCUUGCUCUACCUGCUAUGUUUUCCUGCAUGGUCCCCACAUUAAACCAUCAGUUAGGAA